CCAUCACACAUGAAUCUGUCAGCAAGCCUUUCAUUUUCCUCAGCAACGUCAUCGACAUGCUCGGAGCAGAUCUCCAGCGGGUGAGGGUAGCAGCAAUGGGCGUCAUGCAGUGAAGAGAGCGAGAGUAGAAGAUAAGGAAGCGGAAUAUGAUGAUCCUUUCGACUUUCAGACAGAUGAUGAUGAAGCAAGAUUGAUCGAAGAACGCAGAAAACGCCGAAUGGCUAUUGUCCAAAAGUACAAAACACAGGAUGUUGCUGCUCCCAUUCUGGAGGAAUCAAAGGGCUCUGAAUUAAAGCUGAAAGUUGAUGACUAUGUCACUCCUCCAGCGAUGCAGUUCUCGAAUAAUGGUGGUAUCGAGCUUGCUAAAAGCGAGAAUGAUGCUGGCUUGCUUGAACCGGAAAAACAGGGUAUGUCAGCUGCUGAGUAUAAUCCUGACCUGGAUCGUGCGCCGAACAAGGAGCAUGUGCUGGAAGAAGAACAAGCAAGUGCAUUUGACAAUGCUGAUGGCGAUAGCGAGUAUGAGGAGGUAGAGGUCGAUGAUGAUGAUGAGGUGGAUGAUAUCUUCGCCCUGGGAGUUUCGGACGCACCGAAGACGAAGAUCAUCCGAGUGAAAAAGAAUAGACCAAAAGUCCAAGAGGCCAAGCCAGCAAGCGAAACCACUGUCAAGGAUCGCGAUGUACCCGCCACACUUACGGACAACUGGGAUGAUGCAGAGGGAUACUAUCGUAUCUCUCUAGGCGAGAAGAUUGGUGAGGGUGGACGUUAUCAUGUGUUCGCCAAUCUUGGUCGAGGUAUGUUCAGUGCGGUAGUAAGGGCUCGUGACACACAACAGAACGACAAAGAGGUGGCAAUCAAGGUGAUCAGAUCGCAGGAAUCUAUGUACAAAGCGGGAAUGAAGGAAAUCUCAAUUCUGCAAAAGCUUGCGAACCUUGAUCCCGAUGAUCGACGCCAUCUCGUUCGCCUGCUUGGAUAUUUUGAACAUCGAAAUCAUCUUUGCAUGGUGUUUGAAUCGCUCCAUAUGAAUCUACGUGAAGUCGUUCGUCGGUUUGGCAAUGAUGUUGGAUUGAAUCUGAGAGCUGUGCGUGCUUAUGCUCAUCAAAUAUUUCUCGCUUUGGCUCUGAUGCGUAAAGCUGAGAUCAUGCAUGCAGAUUUGAAGCCGGACAACAUUCUGGUCAACGAGAGCAAAACUGCGAUAAAGGUCUGUGAUUUGGGUUCAGCAUCUUCAAUCAGUGAAAUGGAGAUCACGCCUUAUUUGGUCAGUCGAUUCUAUCGUGCACCUGAAAUCAUUCUUGGGCUCCCAUAUGAUUGUGCUUUGGACAUGUGGUCGAUCGGCUGUACUUUGUUCGAACUUUUCACCGGAAGGAUCCUUUUUCCCGGCAAGAGCAAUAAUCACAUGUUGAUGCUCAUGCAAGAGCUCAAAGGGAAGUUCACCACCAAACAGAUCCGCAAAGGCCGCUUCAGUGGAAUGCACUUUGAUGAUCAAAAUGCGUUUAUUAGCCGUGAACGGGAUCGUGCAACGGGAAGUGAUGUUCUGAAGAAGAUUGCAAAUUUCAACCCAGUCCAAGCUGGAACUGAUCUGCGGUCUCGAUUGUUACCUCCACAAGCUAUCAAAGGGAUGUCACAACAUGAUCUACGUUUGACAAAUAGCUUCAUCGAUCUUUUGAGCAGAACGUUAGAGCUGGAUCCUGCUAGACGCAUCACACCUGUUCAAGCGUUACAGCAUCCUCUCUUCAGCGGAUGAUAUAUUUAUUUUCAUACAUUUGUACAUUAAGCAAUACAACACAUUACAAGCACUAUCUAUCCAUUGUUGCAGUCCGGUCCUCUGCUGCUAUAAUCUUACCUUGCGUAAAGGCAAGCCGAGCAACUCGUUUCGAAAUGUUUGAGAUACUGUAAUCAUUACCACGUGGAAC